AUGACAAUCGAUUCCCGGCCGUGGUGGAACCGCGUCUUUCGGCGCAAGCGAUACGACCUGCGUGCCGACCACCGCGUCUCGGCCCUCCCUCCCCGCCUCGACCUCAAGCUGAACACCACCCCGAUGGCGUCCCGCUUCGACGUCAACUUUGCCGACGCGGGCAAGAGCACUGCGUCCUUAGAAACCCCGGCAGUGCCCAAGGUCACGUUCCUCACGCCAUCAAAGUCGAUGCCGGAUGCUACACAGCCCCCGAGCGACCCGCCGCCCGUCCCCGUGAUCAAAGCGACCCCCGUGAAUCCGGCGGUCGCUACCGCGCCGGGUCCAACCGCCUCGCCAUCGUCUCCCUCUUCUCUGGGAUUCACCCGCAAGCUGCACUCCACUACACGGCCGUCGGGGUCCCUCAUGGCCGACACGCGGAAUAUGGCUGGUUACAGCGUCCCGACAUAUGUCCCUACCAGUGAGAGUGCUGCGAGCUCGGGCGAGUCGAGCUCAAGCUCGAAGCGCGCCUCGGGCGAGUCGGGUUCGGCGUCCCAUUCCGAGCCGACCCCUCCAAUCGAGGCGCCUAUCCGCGCGAGUGAAGACAGCGCGUUCUACAGCACCCAUGAUCAAGUACCUCCGUCUGAACCCGUGAUGCAUCACGAGCCAGGGCACCAGCGCCCAGAGCCGACCCAGACACCCCCCGUUCCUCAGGCCGUUGAGGCUGAGGUCGUCCAGCCUCAACCAGUUAGCGAGAUUCAGCCAGAGGUGCAGCAGGACGCCGUCCAACCUCAACCCGUCCAUGAGAUGGCACCGGCCCCGGGCCCGACUCAUCGCGAGGUCGCAGACUCUGAGGCUGAGCACGAAAAGGUCACCCACGCCGAGCCUGAUCUCGCCGAACCUGCCAUAGAGCCAACCCGUCUCCCGUCAUCCCCCCCGUAUCCCAAGCGGUCCUCUAGCCGGCCUACAGUUCCCAUGACUCAAGAACACGAGUACGUGCCCGACGAUUACGCCUCCGACGACGGCUACGACUACACGGAGACACGCGAGGGCGAAAUCGAGUAUGACUACUCCGAGACACCCGGCCAGUUCGCCGACACGUUUGGGCGCAGCCGCACAGCCGUCGCCUAUUAG